AUGGCGUGCGGCUCAUACUCCGUAACUGAUCUCAACUGCUUGUGUAAGGUACAUAAGAUGCAGUCGCGAUUCCGCCACCAGAAUCCACAAGGUCAGCUCCGCCCCCUCACGAUAAACCACGACCAACACUUGGAAGUGGCGAUAUUUCUCUGUUUCUCCUCAUCUUGA